GCUCCUACAGGAGGCAGUGCAGUGGGGCUUCUGUCCAUGGUGCUGAAGACGCGCCUGGCCCUAUCCGGGGCUGAACAGCUCACGGGUGCUGGCUUCAGUCUGACGCUGCUGUGACACCCAUUCAGUCCUUUCUGCUGUGUUCUGGUGGUGUACUGUGGUUGUAGUCACUGUACUGUCUGCCCGCUCGGAGAUGUGGGAGUGGAGGGGGAGGGAGGGCAGUAGUCUGUGUGUAAGAAAAAUGACUUCAAAAGUCAGACACUGAGCCAGCAGUGGACUAGAGAAGAGCCACUUAACUACAGAGGACGAGCCUCAGCAUAAAAAUGAGCCAAGACAUUACAGAGACACGAACACGAACCCGGUCCAAAAGCAUCCAGGUGUCAGCAGACCUUGUGGGACAAGAGAUGAAGCAGGAAUUGAGCAGCUGCCCUACCCCUGGAUGUGACGGCAAAGGCCAUGUUAGUGGAAGAUACUCACGGCAUAGAAGCAUACUGGGAUGCCCUAUUGUGAAGAAAAGGAAGCAGGAAGGGGCUGUGGCUGAGGAGAACCAGUUUGCUCCAAAGAGGAGGAACCAGCUUGGCAAACAGGCAGCAGAUAAAGGCUUCACCACAGACAGUGAUGCACCAGAAGAGGAGGAGGAGCAGAAAGAGGAUAAAGAGGAAGACCUCAAAGAGAAGAAACAGAACAAAAAAAACAGGCCAGAAUCAAUACAAACGGACUUCUCACCAGUGACGACAGAGGAUGCAGAAACAACAGAAACAGCAGUUUGUCCCCUGGCUGGACACGAAGAAAAAAACAAAAAUGUCAGCUCAGAGACUGAAAACAAAACCAAAAGUGAGAAAACACUUGAGGAAGCAAAGCUGGUAACACUCAUUGAUGACCAUCAUCAGGAGGAAACAGAAACGAAGAAGAAGAAGGAAAGUCAGCUGGUGAUGAAAGACCAGUCAUUGGCUCAACUUGUAGAAGAAACUGAGGUUAGUGUGCUUAAAGGGGAAAAAGAAGAGCAGGAAGAUGAAGCAAAAGAAAAAAUGGAAGGGGAAGGCCAGCAAGAAAUGCAAGAGAAUAUUGUAGAAGAAAAGGAGGUACAAAGACGGAUGAUAAACCAGAAAAACUCUGAUCACCAGUACUCCAGUGGAGAUUACAACCAUCAGGCCAAAGAAUCAACAGAAGAGCAGAGUAAGAGGGAGAAACAAAAGGAGGAGGAGGAAGAACAGAAAGAGACAGAGGAAGAUGACAGUGAAGAGAGGAUGGGCCACCAAUACAUUAAUAAUCCUUACAGUUUGACUCCACACACUCAGGGAUCAGAAGCCAUGGUAUCACUCAGGGAAGAAAAGGUCAGCACUCCCAUGGUGGAAGAACAGGAUGAUGUUGAAAAGCAGGUGGGGGAGAUAGAGGAAGUGAAGGAUGAGAGGCAGGGGAUGGAAGCAGGUCACUUGGUGGAGGAGGAAGAGGAGGACCAAGACUUCAGCAAAGCCUCUCCCACAACAGUGGUUAUAGAAGUCCGAUCUGAUUAGGAGGAGGAUGAUGAUGAUGAUGAUGAUGAAGAGGAGGAGGAGGAGGAGGAGGAGGAGGAAGAAGAAAGAGAGGAGCAGGAUCGUAUCUCAGAGGGCUCAGAAAUCACGGACGACUCAGAGAAUUGGGAUAUGAGUCGGGGAAACCUGGGACUGCUGGAGCAGGCCAUAGCCCUAAAGGCAGAAGAGGUGAAGGGGGGACAGGCGCGGAGCUCCCCAGACUACCAGCCAUACAGCAACUCCAACAAGAGUGGCGAGGCUGCUGUGAUAGCCCGCCGCACUGCUCACUACAACAAAGAGAAGAAGGAAGUAAAGUGUCCAACCCCAGGGUGUGAUGGGACAGGUCACGUGACUGGGCUGUACCCUCACCAUCGCAGUCUAUCUGGAUGUCCUCACAAAGAUCGAAUCCCUCCAGAGAUCCUGGCCAUGCAUGAGAAUGUCCUGAAGUGUCCAACUCCUGGUUGCACAGGUCAAGGCCAUGUCAACAGUAACCGUAACACACACCGCAGUCUGUCUGGCUGCCCCAUUGCUGCAGCAGCUAAACUGAACAAGAACCAGGACAAGCAUAUUAAUUUACCGGCUUCAACCAGUGAACCCUCUUCCAACUCUGACAGAGUGCUCAGGCCAAUGUGUUUUGUGAAACAACUGGAGAUCCCUCAGUAUGGCAGCUACCGGCCCAACACCGUGACCACCACACCACGGGCUAACCUGGCAAAGGAGCUGGAGAAAUACUCCAAAGUGUCUUUUGACUAUGCAAGCUUUGAUGUCCAGGUGUUUGGAAAGCGUAUGCUUAUUCCAAAGACACCCAGUACCACUGAAACAUCAUCCAAAGCCUUCAAAUCUAAAACGUUCCAUAAGGCCUCCGCCCCGAGUCACAGUAUGUCAGGAGGAUUUUCUAAGAGCACCUUAUCAUCCGGUGGCUAUGAGUAUAGCCAAGAUGCAGAGGCAGCCCACAUGGCAGCAACAGCCAUUCUAAACCUGUCCACCCGUUGCUGGGAGAGACCAGAGACUCUCAACACCAAGCCCAGGGAGACCUGCACCAAGGAGUCAGACAUUGAAGUUGAUGAAAAUGGGACCUUGGACCUCAGCAUGAAGAAGACCAAGAGGGAAGGCAUGCAGUCUCCAGAGCCUUCAUCCUCUCAAUACACUGGAGCCACCUUGUCUCAGAGUCACACUCACCCAGAAUCAGAGGAACCGCUGGACUUCACCAAACCAAGUGGAGUCAAAGAGGAAGACCAUGAAGAGGUGGAGUUUAUGGCUCCCUCAUGUACCUCAUCUGAUGGUGAGGAAGAAGACCAAGAGGAUCUGGGGGACAGGAGGUACCCCGGUGAGGUCACCACCACCAACUUCAAGGUCAAGUUUCAGCCAAAAGACUGCAAAAAAGAGGUUCUUGUAUGUCCCACCCCAGGCUGUGAUGGCAGUGGACAUAUCACUGGGAACUACGCAUCACAUCGAAGUCUGUCAGGCUGUCCUCUUGCUGAUAAAUCACUUCGGACCCUCAUGGCUGCCCACACAGCUGAACUAAAGUGUCCAACUCCAGGCUGUGAUGGAUCAGGCCACAUCACUGGAAACUAUGCUUCACAUAGAAGUUUGUCGGGAUGCCCUCGAGCCAAAAAAGGUGGGGUCAAAUCAACCCCCACCAAGGAUGACAAGGAAGACUCUGAGCUGUUGAGGUGUCCAGUUCCUGGCUGUGACAGUCUGGGCCACAUCAGUGGGAAGUACGCCACCCACCGCAGUGCCUAUGGUUGUCCACUGGCAGCACGUCGGCAGAAGGAAGGUCUUCUGAAUGGCACUCCUUUUUCCUGGAAGACCUUCAAAACCGAGGGCCCAACUUGCCCAACACCAGGCUGUGAUGGUUCUGGCCAUGCUAACGGCAGUUUCCUGACACAUCGCAGUCUGUCAGGUUGUCCUAGAGCUUCAGCCAACAAGAAGAGAACCAAGUUCUCUGGAGAUGAAUAUAUCACUGCAAAGUUCAGAGCCAGUGAUGUUCUGGACAAUGAUGAGGACAUCAAGCAGCUCAACAAGGAGAUCAGUGAACUGAAUGAGUCCAAUUCAGAGUUGGAGACCGACAUGAUGAACCUGCACACUCAGAUAUCUUCAAUGGAGAAGAACCUAAAGAGCAUGGAGGAGGAGAACAAACAGAUUGAGGAAAAGAACAAGGCUUUAUUCCUGGAGCUAUCUGGCCUGAGUCAGGCCCUGAUCCGCAGCCUGGCCACCAUCCGCCUGCCCACCAUGCGGGAGCCACUGUCAGAGCAGAACUUCGACAGCUAUGUGGAAACCCUGACCCAUAUGUUUACCAAUAAAGACUGCUACCAGAACCCUGAGAACCGGGCUCUGCUUGAGUCCAUCAACCAGGCAGUGAAGGGCAUCGAGGUGUGACAGAUGGGCAAGGGGGAGCACAGAGGGUGGGCCAUUGGAGUGAAACAUAACUUUUUCUUCCCAAACCCUUUAGGUAAUGUAUGUAAUUCUACUCAUUUGGAACUGUUAUCUCUUCUUUGCAUUUGUUUCCUGUUUGCAUGUUUCUUUAUGAUGGUAUGAGUGUGAACAGAUUAGAGUGUGGUAGCACACUGGAAUCAAACUUAUUGUAGGCAAGGGCAUCUCAAGGUAUACACAGACUGGCAAAGAGAGUGCAAAACAGUCAGGGCUCGUAUUUAUCAAGCAUCUCCACAGACUACACAUAAAAUUGAAGAACACAUCGCCACCUUCUGCCACUAUACAAAAGUGAAGCCAAAAUAUCUCAAAUAUGGGGGUAGUCAUCUCGCUUUUGUGACCUAUUUUGCAACCAGAUUCUGCCCAGUAGCAACCAAAGGAGGAGACACGGAAUCAGGCUGCCAAUCAAAGCUGUUAAAAAACUACCUUUGAGUAAUCUCACAUUCACCAAAACCUACUCCUAAGGACAAGUGUGACGUUAUAGUUUGUCACAAAGAAGAUAUUAUAAAGAAAUGUAUUUUCUCUUAGGAGAUGAAGUUUGAACUGUAGCUUUAGACCGUUGAAAAUAGAAAGAUUAACACCACCACUUUUCAAAUGAAGGCAUUAAAACCACAGGUAACAAAAGGUAAUUAUUAAAAUAUGUAUUAAUAUGCUAUCAAGUCUGCUUCUGUAGGAGGCUGUAGGUUUAUUGGAAAGCCACUCACAAUUGUGCUCAGUCAAGAGAAAUUAUUCUCAUCAGUCAGAUCAAACAAUUUUAUUUAUUCCUAUAAUAGUGUAUAAAGCUGUUUAUUAAAUCCUCAUCUGCAUGUGCCAUUGGUGCAAGUCUGUAGCUUUACUGUUAAUAAUGAUGUAAUGUGACUAUGUAGUGUUUAAUGCAGUGGCUCUCAAACCUUUUACACUGGGUAGCAUGUCAAAAAAAAUAUUUGCCUCUCCAAGUAACCCCGGUAUGGCCAGCCUUAAAACACAGUACCAUAGGCCUAAUCAUCAAUACACAGUUCACCCAGGAAGCAAAUGUAUUCCCAAUAAGAAUAUUAUUUAUUAUUCACUGUCAUCCACAGUCACAACUGUACUUCUUUUAAACAUCUGCAAGUGAGGUGAGAAAAUUAAGAUAACUACUGCAAACACUCACAGCAAAUGAAAAUAUGAAGAACAACUGUACUGCAUUCAAACACAAAGUAUUUGACAACUGGGUAUUGAUGACAAAUGUACUGCAUUCAAACACGUAAAGCAAGUGAGAAUAUCAACAACUGCACUGCAUUCAAACACCCACAAGUGAGAAUAACAUUUGUAUACCAACAAUCAGUGAGACAAUUUAGGCUGAAUACAAAUAGAGUGAAAAGUCGGGGACUACUGACAACUUACCUACAUAUGCCUAAUGAGAAGGGUGAGCCUGCCUCUGUCAACACAGCCCUGUGACCUUGACUUCAAACAACUCCAUCUUUUUUCAGCAUUGUGUUGAUUUUGUCCUGCACAUCAAAAACAUUGGACAGUCCAUGUAGGUCCAACUUCAGCUCAUUUAAAAAUGUCCAACAGGUUUGCCAGCUGACAGAGCCACACAGUGUCUUCAAAAACAUCUGAUAGGGAGAAGCUUUUGUCCUGUAAGAACAUUUGGACUUGUGCAAUUCGAAAAGCCUCAAAAGCACCUUUCUUCUUGAUAGCCGUAUUACUUAUGUAUGAAGUAGAAGUCAAAGGUUUUGGCUGCCCAUCUCAUCACAAAGCACAUGAAAAUUCAUCAGUCGGGCCUUAAUGAAGCUCAUAGCCAAGUCUAGCACAGACUCCAGUUCUUUGGGCACCUUCUUCACUGCCAGGGCCUUGUGAUGGAUGCUGCAGUGAGUCCAUUGCAUCUAGGAUGCCAGCUCUAAUUUGGGAACUCAGGCUGCUACUCUACUAUGGUGCCAUCUCUGCACACUCCAACAUGUGUUUUCCAAUCGAGCCCAUUCUCUUUGAAAAAGGCAUCCAAGAGCUGGAAAAUGUGCUCAGCCUAAUCAAAAAAUUUUAUCAAAUCUGCCACAUCUGUAAUCUCAUCUAGCUGGAUGGAAUAAUAGUGGCUACUUUUAAUGCGUUCACUCAGUGUGUUUUAAUGUCCCCUGCCAUGGCCCGUUGUCCGUGACAGUGUGUCAUUUGAAAGUGGCACCAGAUUUAGCUGUUUGACAGCCUUCUCCCCACAUGCUAUUUGUUACCUCUUUGGCUAAGGGCAGAUACAGUUGUUUGCCAGUUCUGUGUGGCUUCCUGGCUUUCGCUAUACAGAGGAUGCCAUGAAAUGAAGCUUCUUGUGCUUUGACUAUGGGUGUAACACAAGAAUGAAAUGUGAACUUGGACUACCUCAGGUCCUCGUGUUUUUUUUUUUUUACACCUUUUGCUACUAGCAGCUGCUGUGGAUACUUUUUUGGUGCUGCUACAGUCGCUGAUUUCGCCGCUAGCAUUGUGCUGGACUCACUGUCAUCCAGUUCAGUUUCUGUUCUUCUGCUUGAAAUAUUCCCCGCACUUCUCUUCCUAAUACUUCCUGUACAGAGCCACAAUUGCAGUGUUUUCGAAAUCACCAUUUUUGCUACUUUCACUUGUCAUCGCAGUUUAGCUCAUAACAUUAGGCUAAUACUCCUAACAGUUAAUUAGCUUGUAGCACACAGCAUAAAAAUAUCUUAGAUGUUCCUGUGUACCACUAGAGGGAGCAGACAUACCACCACUGGCACUUGUACAGUAGUUUGAGAAUCUAGGUUUUAAUGAGCUUGACACCAUGUGUUGUUCUUGUUGAUGGUGCAAUUGGAUCUUGCACAAGAUUUGUCACAGAACUCCUAAAUUUUUGGCCACAUGGCAUCUCAUUAUGAGCUCAGUGUUACACCAUGAAGUGUUAGUAAAUCCUCUCCUCUUCCAGAAUCUAAACAUACCUCUGAGCACCACUUCCUGGAAUCACCUAUUUACAAUGCCUAUUAAGCUCUCCUACAUUUUGAUGGUGACAGCAGUGAUUUCCUAGGUUAAGAAUAUUGAUCAAAUGCUUUUAUGUCUAAUCCUAAUAGUAGGACCAGAAAUGUGUCAUUCUGAGAAAUUUUGGUCCAUUGGGAAUGAGUUCUUACUCUGAGAUGCUUAAUAAACACGGGCCUAAGAGUACAAUAUAUAGCCUGAGCAGAUUCCGUUAGUAGUGAACAUGUCCCAUUUGCACUUAAUAAUGUUGAUAGUGUUCUUUAUGAGCAUAGUGAUGUUGCACCUGCAGGACUAGUUUGUAAAUUCAUUCUUAAAAUUGUUGUGUAACUAUUUAGGUCUGUUGCAAAUGUUGGUUUAAUAACUUUAAUCAUGUCUGCUGUAUUAUGUUGGCCUAUUUAUUAUUCAUCAAAUAUUUGUUUCAUUUCAAAAUACUACCUGAGAAGAUUUAAAUGUUAACCAAGAGAAGGGAAUCAUUUCCUCUGCAUUUCUGAACAAAGAGGAAAUAUUUUAGGAUAUCAACUAUGAAUAUGAGUUUUAUAUAUCUUAUUUAUUUAAAAUGCUGGGAUCUUUUUAAGUGCAAAUAUUUUGUAACUCAAAGUUUUUAAAUAAUUUUUCUAAGGAUUUUUUUUGGGGGGGGUGCUUAUGUUUAUAUGAGUUUCCUUGUUUUCACAAUCUAUUUUGAGUACAUUGUAAUACACUGGACGUCUGAGCUGCACAUAUUUGGUAAUGAUGAACAAAGUAAUGGUGAAUAUUGUGUAUUGUCUUAUGUGUUAAUGAUGGCUGCGUAUGAAUUAGUCUUUAAGUUGCUCUGGAAAUAAAAGUUAACCCACAGUGAAUGUGGCCUGGAGUGAUGUGGUUUUUUUUUUUAACUUAAACUUUUAUUUUUAGGACUCCUGGAUACAACAAACACCAUAAAAUGCUGUGGAAAGACCCUCCCCAAUGGGUUAAAGUUUUACAUAUUCUGUUACCAGCAAUCAAGUAUUGUUUGUUCAUAUACUGUUUAAAUGUAAAGUUUGUCUUCACAGCACCUUUGUCAACUGUGCAAUAAAAACACUACAAGAGAUGCCCUUAUCCAAUCACUGAUCAUCUAAAACUAUACUACUACUUAGAGCUCUGUGGCUAACUUGGAGGUAACAGCUCUAAGCAAUCCUAACAACAUUAAGCUACAUGUGCAAAGGGUGCAGCACCAGACAGCAUCCCAGAUAAGGUGAUAAAAGCCCGUGCAGAUCAGCUGGCAGGGAUCCUCACAAAGUUAUUCAACCUGUCCCUGUCAUGCUCUUCAGUUCCAGACAGGAAGGCUCUCCCAAGAGU